AUGAGUGAUAAGCCAGACUUGUCGGAGGUGGAGAAGUUUGACAAGUCAAAACUGAAGAAAACUCAUACCGAGGAAAAAAAUACUCUUCCCUCAAAGGAAACGAUCCAGCAGGAGAAACAGUGUGCUCAGACAUCGUAA